AUGAAAUUUAUCAUUUUUUGUGCGUUCGUGACUUUGUGUUUUUGCUCUGUAUUUCGGACAGUUUCUGGUAAUCCAGUAGUUGAAAAUCAGGAACAUGUUGAAAACUUAGUCCUGCCAACGGAAUUUACAUCGGCGGAGGAAACUUUAUUCAAAAAGUUACGAUUGAAAUGUACCAGCAAUGACGUUACUGCGUGCCUUACUUUAAAAGGCAUCACAUAUUUGAAUAAGCUUAUGAAAAAGGCUCAAAUACAUGUCGGAGAUGUUGUAGAGAUUACCAAAAUUGAUACGGAUGUUCCAGAAGGUGAAAUCAGAGCUUUUAAUGAACAUGGAUCAGAAGACGAACAAGGCUUGCAACUUUUUAUGGAUAAAGCAUGGAAAUUUGUACAAAGCCGAUCGUUAAAAUGGAAGAUAUUAGACGACACAGAACUUGUAUUUUCCGGUCGAAGUAACCCUGAGGGCGCCGUCAAUUUCGGGAUUUCUGUUCGACCCGUCAAAAUCGAAGCCGGGGAAGCUCGAAAAAAGGACAAAUCAGGCAUGGGUGCACUUAUUGCGGCGGCAGCAUUGAAAAUUGGUCUGUUGAAAGCUCUUGCCUUCAAAGCUCUGGCACUAUUGGUCGGCAAAGCUUUACUCGUUAGCAAGCUCGCGCUUGUUUUGGCUCUUGUGAUUGGUUUGAAAAAGUUAUUUUCGCAAGAAAAACACGUUACGUACGAAGUGGUAGCUCAUCCGCAUCACGAGACCCACCAUGAACAUUCAGUUAGUAAUAUUGGUGGUGGACACGAAAGUUAUGGUGGUGGAGGUGGUUGGGGACGAAAUUUUGAAGCUGCUAAAAUCGCUUACAAAGCUUAUGAUCCAACAAAAGUUCAUUAA